AUGCAAACUCUAAAGUGUGUUGUUAUAGGUGAUGGUGCUGUUGGGAAAACGUGUCUUCUAAUCUCAUACACCACCAACCAGUUCCCAGCAGAUUACGUUCCAACUGUUUUUGAUAACUAUGCUGUCACAGUAAUGAUUGGGGAUGAGCCAUAUACUCUAGGUCUUUUUGAUACUGCUGGUCAAGAAGAUUAUGAUAGAUUGAGGCCGUUAUCGUAUCCAUCAACGGACGUGUUCUUGGUUUGUUUCAGCGUUAUAUCUCCACCUUCUUUUGAGAACGUAAAAGAGAAGUGGUUCCCAGAGGUACAUCACCACUGUCCUGGUGUCCCCUGUUUGAUUGUGGGUACUCAGAUAGAUUUAAGAGACGACAAAGUCAUUAUUGAAAAAUUACAAAGACAAAGACUUCGUCCUAUUACUCCAGAGCAAGGUGAGAGACUAGCAAGAGAACUAAGGGCUGUGAAAUAUGUUGAGUGUUCCGCUCUUACUCAACGUGGUUUGAAGAACGUUUUCGAUGAGGCUAUUGUCGCUGCUUUGGAACCACCGGUCAUCAAAAAGAGUAAAAAAUGUACUAUAUUGUAA